CCCUAACCCUCGGGGCCCUUUGCAGCCUUCACUUUCGCAGUUGGCAGCCUUCCGAGUCCUCCACCAAGCUGUUCGCCCACAACUGCAAUACACAGUCAACAACAUCCACAAUGGACUUGAUCAAGGACUACCUGCCUCCGGCAGAUAAGGGCUACCUCCCUUACUACAUGCUGACGCUCUCCCUAAUCGCAGUCGGCAACUCCUUCCAGAAUUACAAGACCCUGCACUACACACGCCGGCUCUACAACGGGCUCUUCGUCCCCAACAAGUCUCUGCCUGCCGCCAGCGCGACCUUCGCCCCGGCCGACCAGACCAACAAGCUCUCCCCGGCGCCCGGCUCGCCCACCCCUUCCGCGAAGGACGGCCAGCAGUCUGAGGACCAGGUCACCCCGUUGGCCGCGCGCCUGUUCGGCACAUACACGCUCAUCUCGGCCAUUGUGCGCAUAUACGCGAGCUACAAUCUGCACCUGGCCCCCAUUUAUAACAUUGCGUUGUGGACGUACAUUGUCGCGGCCCUGCACUUCGGCAGCGAGUGGGCCGUCUUCAAGACGACGCACUUUGGCAAGCCCCUGUUCUUCCCGGCCUUCUUUGCGUCCAUCGGCAUCACCUGGAUGGUCACGCAGCGUGGGUUCUACGUCGAGGUCUAGGAGCCUUCCGAGCCCAGGAGCUAGAGAGAUAAAGCUCAAGUCCCACGAUGAAUCAGCGGUAGAUGGUUCAUGAGCUUGUAGAGGCCAUUGAGAUGGUACUUUUGCGGGAGACUGGCAUGUAGAUUACUCGAGAGAGCAGUUACGACGAAGAAUAAUAUGGAGAUA